GUCAACCCGGAAGAUUUUAUCUGUAAAAUUAUAAUUAAUUUGUAGUAAGUAGAUUUAUUCACCAAUCCGAUACCGGUUUGGCCGGUCUUUUUUCAAUAAAAGUACUUUUUAAUAAGUCGAAAAGACGUGAAAAGUGACGAUUGCAAUGGAUUUUGCAAACCUUCAAAUGUUACUAGACGCAGCCGAACUGUUGAGUGACCAACCUGACCAAACGCUAUCAACUGUCACAGCAGAUCAUCCGUCGCUUCAAUACUUCAACUUCAGUUCCGAUAGUUCGGUCAUGGAAGCAGGCGAACUAUCGUCGGCCGAAUACACCGGAACAACCAUGACUGCGAUACACGACAGGUUUGCUGAAUGCACUGGAGUAACACUACAGGAACAACGCGAAGUGUCUCGGAACUCGGUCGAUACGGUUGCAAAGCAACGAAUAGCUGAGAAUUCGCAUAUUCAGUUUGCUAAACGCCAAACCACUGCCAUCUCUCCGAGUGAUUUCGCUGGUCAAUUGGGUACGUCUGAUGUUACGAGUAUCAGUGUUAUUGGAUGUAGGGCAGUUUCGGUGCUUGCAUCGACAUCCCAUGCCUGGAAUGAACGGCGGCAAAAGACUCCUGGGCACGAAAUGUUAAGCAAAAGGAUAAACAUGUCGCUUCCAGCAGGCGUCCUCCGAGAUUACUCAGGAGGAAACAUUCUCGUCACAUGCCAGCCGGAUGAAGAAAGCUUUAUGCCUCGGAAAACACGUAAGCUAAGCAAAUCUCUCCCAGUAAACAUCAAUACAUCAAACAUCUCCAGUGGCAAUGUGCUAUUUCGCAAGCAUCAUAGAAUAAUGAUGAAACAUGAAACAGCGAUCGUAGACAGGGAAGCAAGUUCGAAACACCGGUUCAUGUGCAUCACAGAUGGAAGAGGUUUUGACGAGCUUUCAUUCAAUACCUCAAACCUUUCCGAAGGCAAUGUGCUGUUUCGCAAGCACCGUGAAAGCAGAAUGAUGAUGAAACAGGAAACAGCGAUCGAAUCAAUAUCGAAACAUCAGUCUAUAUCCACUACAGAUGGGAAAGAUUUUGGCGAAAUUUCAUUCGAAAAUAUCUAGAGCAGCACCCCAAAACGUAAAUCAAAUCACGAAAACAUAUUCGACAAGGAUCAAGGAGAUCGCACGAUUAUUGAUCACAACCAAUUUUCCCAAGAACAACAGGAUUUAGCACACGAUCAUUUGGCUAGCGAUGAACAGGAUGGCGAUGAAGAUCGCGAGACUGAUGUAGAUGAAGAGGACCUAAGGGCGGACCCUACUUUAUUAACAGAGUUCAAUCUCACUGAGUACUUCGAAGAAUUCCGCAACCGCACUAUAGUUAGCGAUGAUGACCUGACGGAUGGCGAAGAGAACAACAAUGAAA